AUUCUGGAGGAAAAAAGCCAGAAGUAGGGCUGAUAUCCGAUCUGACCAGGGGACCCCCCAAUCCCCCUUGAACCAGCAAACUACAGGAGUUUGAUUCCCAAACACCGAACGGACCACCAGACAACAACUCCCCUCCACCUCGGCUGUAAUAAAUGCCAAGAGAAACCAGAGGAGCGCUAAAAGAUAAGGAUCGCUUCUCAGAAUCGCGCAGGAAGGCGAAAAGUCGGACAAAACGCGCACGGAUCGUCGCCGUGGCCUUUCUCAAUGCAUACCCUCUGUGCCCGGGGAACCAUGAAACCAGAGAUCAACGCCGCCGUCGGGUUUCUGUCGAGAUUUCUGAGGGUAAAAGGACACGUAAACGACCGACAGGUCCAAACGUUCAGCCAGAGCUUACAGGACAUUUUGGCAGAGCACUAUAUGCACCACUGGUUCCCAGACAGGCCCUGCAAAGGUUCGGGUUACCGCUGCAUCCGCAUCAACCAUAAGAUGGAUCCAUUGGUGGGGCAGGCGGGCCAGCGCAUUGGCCUGACCAUCCAGCAACUCUACCUGCUUCUGCCCAGCGAGCUCACGCUCUGGGUUGACCCCUUCGAGGUGUCCUACCGCAUCGGCGAGGACGGCUCCAUCUGCGUCCUGUACGAGUCGCAGCCCAUACCUGUUGGAAUGCCAGCGUCUGCCAACGCCAGCUCCGCCUUGGGAAAUGGGUCUGUGAGCUCCAUGGUGGACAGUCACCUCAGCUGCAAGGAGGAAAUGAGGGUGCUGGGCAGAACCAGCCCCUCCAAAUCCUACAAUAAUAUGAUGACUGUGUCCAGUUAAAGUGGCACACUGUCAUCCCAGCCUACUUUUGUUCAGGGUUACACAGUGGCUGGUCAGAUCAUGGUGAGCCUUUUUAAAGCUAAGAAUAUGAAAUGAAAUAAAAGAAGAAAAAAGAAAAAA